CAUAUCUGCAGCUCCAGACCAAGAGGAUUCCUCUCUUAUUCUAUCCCGACUUCAUCCUAAGCUGGACCGCAAGCUUUAAGAGGAGAGACAGAAGAAGAGGGAAGAGCUUUGUAACUUCAUUGAAAAGGGUGAGAGUGUAAAGAGAGACAGAGAGAGAGAGCAGGGGAAAUUUCCCCUUCGCCCUCUCUCGACCCAGAUCACCGUCAGGCUGGCUGGCACAGCCAUGGCCUUCACCUUUGCGGCCUUUUGCUACAUGUUAACACUCGUAUUGUGUGCUGCCCUCAUCUUCUUCGUCAUCUGGCAGAUUAUUGCUUUUGAUGAGCUGCGUACAGACUUCAAAAAUCCCAUCGAUCAGAGCAACCCCACCAGAGCGAGGGAAAGAAUAUUGAACAUCGAAAGAAUCUGCAACCUCCUUCGAAGGCUGGUGGUUCCAGAGUAUUCCAUCCACGGGCUGUUCUGUCUGAUGUUCAUGUGUGCAGGGGAGUGGGUAACGCUGGGCCUUAACAUCCCCCUGCUCCUCUAUCACCUCUGGAGGUUUUUCCACCGUCCUGCAGAUGGGUCUGAGGUUAUGUAUGAUCCAGUGAGUGUGAUGAAUGCAGAUAUUCUGAAUUACUGCCAAAAGGAGUCCUGGUGCAAGCUAGGCUUCUACCUUCUGUCCUUUUUCUACUAUCUGUACAGUAUGGUGUAUGCUUUGGUCAGCUUUUAAGUGAUCAAAUGAAGGACGGACGAUUGCGAAAGAAAAGAGAAAAACGACAGAAUAAAGACCGAACUAUGUCACGCUCUCCUCUCCCUCAUCCGCAAACCUUGUUCAGCUCCUCCUCAGAUCUCCUGGGUGGGGAUGGAUGAUGGACAGAUGUAGAAAAAGCUCAAGAAAGGAGGCAUUUAAAAGCCAUCAAUGUUAAGCUGCCUCAAUCACUGCCAUUACAAAAAAAACAAGUGGAGAGGUGGACCAAAAGAAAAUGAGUGCAACAGAAAAAGAGAAAUACGGUGAACAAAAGGCUCAGGCAGUGUAGAUGUUUUGUAACACCAUUGAAUUUCUCAAGGGCUGCUGAAAAUUUCUGCUGCUCAUAGUAUCAAAUGGUUCUUCUUAAUCUCUACAAAGAGACACAUAACGUGCUACUGAGGCAAUUACAGAAUGUGUUACCUUAAAUUUUACAUCAGUAGACCGUGGACUUUGUUGCAAUGUCUUUUUCUUCAGAUAACUUAUGUCAAAGUAUUUAAUAACUGCUAAGUAUUUGCUAAUCCAGUAUUUGUGGUAGAUAAAUGUACCCUGUAUGUUGAGGUACAACAUAAUAAUUGAUUAAAUUAUGAAUAUAUGGCUCAGUUGUUGCAGUUCGGUCAGGGUAGUUCUAUUAGUGUCCUUAAACAACCGCACAAGAAGUAUAUUUUUACGUCAAAUCUGAUGGUGACGUUUACAAAGACAUUUCGAAGCAAAUCAACCAAUGAGAUCACAAACCGGAGAAACUGUUUGAGCAGCGUCACAUCUAAGUACUGACACCCUAUUUUUCUGGGUUCAUCCAUCAUGGGCUGCGGUGAGAAUGAGUGGUCAAGCAGAGCGGCAGACUCUUAAUUGAGAUGGGCGUGCAGGACGGGUUGUACCGGUGGGAAGAGAUAUCUGACCCCAACCUCCGCCGGAGUGCAAAUACUCGAUAGACUGUGACAAAUCAUAAAAGCACUUUUGGAAUGCCAACAGAUGAAACUGUAGCAAACAACAAAGGAAGACUUAUUUGUGUCGAGUGGGCUGACGUGCGUGAGACAGCCGAACACAGCAGGCUGUGAUGCAGAUGAUGCUUUGGACAACAGAUUGAUGAUGUUGUCAUGACAACGAUGACGGUCUCACAUCAAAUACAAACUUUUCAGGCAAUCUUCUGUGUUGUCAAGGCUAUAUAAAACAUUUAAUGCCGCUCUGUUCUGUGUAUCAUAGGGCCUCUCAGUUUGCCUCACCUGGAGUUCCUGUGUAGUCCUGUGUCCAUCAGUCUGCUAAACAAGUGGAUUAAUGAUUAUUUAACUAAACUGUGUGUGGUUCUAACUUCGUAGAUGAAUAGAGUGGCCAAGCAUAUCUCUCCUGAGCUGCUGCACUAGCUAGAACGGCUUUGUAUUACACUUA